AUGGCUUCGAAAGAGGCUAAAAUUUCCCUCAAGGCCCCCAAAGGCACCCGCGACUGGUCUGGCCCGGAUUUACUCCUACGAGAUCAUGUAUUCGAAACGAUAAGCAAUGCAUUCAAGCUUCACGGUGGCGUUCCUCUCGAUACCCCUGUUUUCGAGCUAAAGGAGAUUCUGGCCGGCAAGUAUGGUGAAGAGGGGCGCCUGAUAUAUAACCUCGAAGACCAAGGUGGUGAAAUAUGCGCUUUGCGCUACGAUUUAACCGUCCCCUUCGCCCGUUGGCUAGCCAUGAACAACAUACAGCAGAUCAAGCGCUACCAGAUCGCCAAGGUUUACCGUCGCGAUCAGCCUGCUAUAGCCCGCGGCAGGAUGCGCGAAUUUUAUCAAUGUGAUUUCGACAUCGCAGGUACCUAUGACUCCAUGAUCCCCGACGCCGAAAUUCUACGUGUUGUCGUCGAAAUCUUCAAAGCCCUCGACCAAGAAAUAGUCAUCAAGCUAAACCACAGAAAAAUAUUGGAUGGCAUGUUCGCCGUCGCCGGUGUUCCAGCAGAGAAGACCCGUCCCAUUAGCUCGGCAGUGGAUAAGCUAGAUAAGGAACCGUGGGAGACUGUGAAGGCUGAGAUGGUGGAGCAAAAGGGGCUCGCCGUGGAGGUUGCCGACAAGAUUGGCCAAUUUGUGCUAAAUCGAGGCACUAUCGACGAGAUGAUUACAUUUAUAAAAUCCGACGAGAGCCUCGCGGCCAAUGACGAAAUCAAGGCAGGACUUGCCGAUAUGGAACUCCUAUCCUCCUACUCCAAAGAACUAGAUAUCUUCGACACGGUCUCAUUCGAUCUAUCACUCGCCCGUGGUCUCGAUUAUUACACUGGUUUAAUCUACGAAGUCAUCCAGAAACCCCAAACUGCUGAGAACUCAGACGGCACGAAGUCCAAGAAAAACCAGGAUGCAUCAGCUGUGGGGAGCAUCGCCGCCGGUGGCCGCUACGACAACCUCGUCGGCAUGUACGGCAAGAAGCAGAUCCCAUGUGUCGGCAUCUCCUUUGGCGUCGACCGCAUAUACACCAUCAUGAAAGCGCGCCAGGGCGACAACCAAGGACGCGCGCGCCAGGUUGACGUCUACGUGAUGGCUUUCGGUGGCAAGGAGUUCGACGGUUUACUCCUACAGCGCAUGUCCGUGGCGCGACAACUAUGGGAGGGCGGAAUCCGCGCCGAGUUCAGCGCCAAAGUGAAGCCCCGACUACCCCAACAGUUCAAGGCUGCAGAGGAUGUGCCGAUUGGCGUUAUUCUAGGAGCCGAUGAGCUCGCAGAGGGCAAGGUCCGGGUGAAGGUGCUAGGCACCGGAAAGGGAGGCAAGGAGGACGAGAAGGAUCAGGGACAGCUCGUGCCCCGCGAUCAGCUUGUGGAGGAGGUGAAGAAGUUGCUGCAGGCGACGAAUGGCACGAGUUUGCCGAUACGAUAG